CCAUCGCUCAAACAGACAUUAUUGACUUCGCCUCGAAAGGUAGACAGGUGCCCCUGUGGGUCUGGAACGGCUUCACGAAUGGCGGCAUUGCUCGCAAGGGGAGAAAUGCAUCAGGGCAGCGAGUUCACUGAUCGGUCAGUCAUCGACACGAUAUUCCACGGCGUCAUUCAUGGCCUGGAGGCAAACCCCCCGACAGAAUUUCCAACUUGCAUACCUCUUGGGAAGGCCCACGGGUAGACACAGCUUUCAUAUCGACAGAGAGAAUCCCAUAGAUCCUGGGUUCCUCCUCUGCAGCUAAGGUCUUUAGAUCCAUCUGCCAUCUGUCCCUGACGGCGUUCGGUACCAGUUGUAUACGCUGCAAUGUAUGGAUUCACGCUUUUUCACGAAAACGUCGGUACCGCUUCUGCUAUACAGCCGCCUCAAUAAAGUGUUAGACUCUCUUCGGUACCGACGGCCGUUUGCCCCACCGCCUGAAAUUACCAAAAGAGGAUAAAAAUCAGGGGCAGCGGGUAGCGGUGACCGUCGAAUGUGGGUGGUGAUGCUGCUGCUGC